AUGCCAAAAUUGGAGGAAAUAGAGGAUUAUGACGAUAUAGAUAAUCUAGAGAUGGAUUUGGCUGAGGUUGAUCCAAGUCUAAGGACGCCAAUCGCACCAAAAAUAGUGCCUACUGUCGUUAGAAGUCAAGACCAGGAUGAUGUUAACCAAAGCAACCCAUAUGAUAAUAACGAGCAAAUGACAUUUAUCAACCCAGAUACAAAUAAGGUUGAACGUUCUACGCCAAUGAGUGAGGAAAAACUGAACGAAAUCAAAACAUAUCAAAUAUUAUAUCCAUGCUAUUUCGAUAAAAAUAGGUCACAUAAGGAAGGGAGAAGAGUUCCAAAGGAACUAGCGGUUGAAAAUCCACUGGCAAAGACGAUAGCGGAUGCGGCUCGUUCUUUAGGUGUAUUAUCAAUUCUUGAAGGUGAGAAAACACAUCCUCAAGAUUUCGGUAACCCUGGUAGAGUUCGUAUCUUAUUUAAGAAAGACGGUAGUAUAAUCAGAGGCGUAGGUAUUGAAAAAUUCAAAGGGGGUAAGCGUCAAUUAAUGAAGGAAAUUUCCCAAUAUUUAAUUAAUCAUCCUACUACAAUCGCCAAACUAAGAGAAAUUCCUUACCCCCCAGACUACGACAACAUCGAAUUCAAGAAGAUUCCAAAGGUCAAAGGUUUUAAAAUGAACGAUAUUGUACCAUUACAUAGUCCAUUUUUGAUGGGGCACCCAAUGACAAAAUCCUUAUACGAUGCCCCAGCACCUACUGCAAAACUACCUGACAAACCAAUGAAAAUGCCUAAGAAUAAGUACAAAGUUGUCAGAAGGUAG